UUUUGGUUUGGCCAUAGAUGGUGAAUAUCAGUGGAAAAAUUUGUACAGUAGAAAAGUAGUUACUGUUUGGUUUGUGCAGUGGGAUAUCGAAUUAUGGGUGAUGCUGAGUUUGAUGACAUGAGAGGGAAGCGCUUAGGUUUAGCGCAUUCGAAAUAUAAAGAAAAUGAGUUCGAUAAUAGGAAUGCUGCAGAGGAAAAAAAACGCGAACAAGAGGAAGUGAAAAAUAGUAUUCUUAGCCAAGUCUUGGAUCAGUCGGCAAGAGCUCGACUAAAUACUCUGAUGAUCGGUAAACCAGAAAAAGGUCGCUUAAUUGAAGAUAUGAUUGUGCACAUGGCAAGGACGGGCCAACUUAUGGGAAAGUUAAAUGAAAAUGGACUCAUUAACAUAAUGGAAAAAGUUAGUGAACGGAUGCAGCGACCUACUACAACUGUCAAAUUUGAUCGACGACGAGCGGCUUUGGAUGAUUCUGAUGAUGAUAUAUAAUGAAAUAGCUGGAAGAAAGAAGGAAGCUGCAACUGAAAGAAAACAAUCUGAAAUUAAUUUAAAAGGACUGAAGUAUAGAAUUUUCAUAUCCAUAAUAUUGUUUAUGAUACAUGCUCAUUAACUUUCAUUUAAUACAAGCUUAUAUUCUUUAUGGAAGCUUGUAACAUUACACUGCAUUAAAUGAUGAAAAUAAUUUCUUUUUUAAAACAUGUACAGUAUUUUUCCACUAAAAGUGAAAUCUUAAAAAUUAAGUAGGUAAAGUAUUGACUUUUGCUAAAAAGUCUACUGUUGUGUUAUCAACACCAAUAACUAUUGAAGUACUGUAGUGACAGUUUCCCAGGCAAUGCAAGGUGCAGAAACUAGAAAAAAAAUUAUCACUAACAUGUUUAUAUCAAGUACUUUGUAUGCUGAAAUAGGCUGACAACUAAACUAUAGUUUGUGUGUGUGCGUGCUUGCUUAUUUACAAGUAAAUUACAAAAAUGUAUGUAAAUAUCACUGGUCCACAUAAAUAUCCCAUUAUGCUAUA